AUGCAGUCGCGACUCGAUGAUGCGCCUUUGAUGAACUCACUAUCGACUUGGUCUCGACAGCGAGGGGAUACUACUAGUAUGGCUACAACGGGUGCCGGUGAGGCUUUGAGGUAUCAAAGGAGUAGAAGGAGCAACGGGAGAGGUACUGCUACUCAACGCACUAUCAUCGCUCCCCGCACCACUAAUCGUAGGCGUAACACUCCCCUUUCUCCUCACUCCGUUCCCAAGCAUUGCCGUAAACCAAUAAUCAUAACGUCCUCGAAUGAUGUCUCAGCCCAUAUCCGCGGAGGCAGGUUUGAUGAGCUUGAGGGAUUGAUAUCCAUUCGUGGGGACAUGGAUGUCCACGGAGCAUUUGAAAUCGUCUUCCUGGAAGUAUCCAGACCAAGAAAAACCCUCAACAUCGCCACGCCUCUUCAAUCGCGUUUCUCACGAAUUGUGAUGUCCAUCUAUCAAUCCACGCCCUGCAAGUACACGUUGAAUGGGCGGUGUUGGUUACUUUGGAAGGCGCUUCGUGCGCUUGGCUUUGCAGAACGAAGGAGUGACUGGCAAAGGAGCGAGUUCGAAUGGCUUAAAGCAGGUGGAGGGCCGUCAUUGACCGGGGACAUCUACGAGAAGCCAUUGCAUUUCAAGAUGAACAGCGUGAUGGCCGCUCCGCAGGGGUCGAAUAUUGGACUGUGGAAGACAUGCGACUUCUUCUUGAAAUCGGCCGAAUUGUCAGUACCUGCGAUCCGAUGUAAGCACCUUCUUCAAUAUCCGCUCGAUAUCAUUUUGGUAGUGAGGCGCUUACUUCUGUCCCUAGUUGUGGCGGUAAAACACAACAGAGAGAAGCAGCACCACCGCACAGGGGAUCUCAAGGGCGUUGAAGAGGCUAUGUCGAUGUCGUCCGUCGUUGACAUGAGGGAACGUCGGGUGAGGACUCGUAGUCUCCUGGCGAGGAGAGUUGGUUUAAGACAUAGAGGGAUUGCGGCAGAAGUGCCUAUGGCGCCAACUCACAACUCUCCAGACGGAAAAGAAGGCGAAAGUGGGACACGAGGGGUAUUAGCGCUGUAUGGCAUAUCGGCAGCUUCCUCCUCUUCAGAGAACCGGGAGGGUGUUGUAUGGGUGCCUGGAAUCAUGAAGCCGCUCGAUAACGUCCGUAACCUUCCUAUCCUCCAAAGAAUGAUCAGCGAAGAUGUCGCCUGGAUACUUCGAGAAAAGGAGAAUGGAAUGAGCCAUCCAGGCGAGUCAAAAGAUAUAGAAGAAAUUCACACCUUUUCUUUGGGCCUCCCAGCAAAGCUCGUUGUCGAAACCUCAGCCCCAUCGGCAUCUUUAGCCGCCCAGAGGAAGCCAGCUCCACCGAAAUGGGCCAUGUUUGUGGUGGAAUCGGGUGAAAGGGCAGAGGUAUUUGGAGACGAUGGAAACAAGUCGACGAUAGAGUGCAAGAUCCGAGAACUACUGUCAGACUGCACUCGUAGGGCAUCGGAUGAGGCAGCAUAUCCAUUCGUGGGGACAAAGACGUCCACGGAAGCCUUGGGCUCCCCUUCUUACUACCAACCCUCGCCGACGGCGUCUUCGAUCACGUUCCUCGCAAGUCUGUACGAUCGUUCAGGAGCUCCAAUUUUCGACUUCGGCAUCGACCUCGGACUUGAGGAGGUGCUUGGAUCAAAAGUUUUCCGGUCCGUUCGUAUUGCGGAUCCACCCCAGCUCGAAAAGAUCUGA